AUGGUCGCGUGCACACGGCUGCGGAGGACGCAGAAGGUAGCGAAACAGAAGACAGAAACAGCCAGCAACUCUCAUCCACGUACGUCUUUCCUUCGCCGGGGCCGCUCUACUGACUGCGACAUCGGCGCCCUACACGUUGCCGCAACUCGUGUAACUCUCUCCGUCUCACAUUAUGCCACGUUGCUCGAAGGCAGUGUCAUUUGUGUGUGCUUCGGCUUCCGCUUGGCUGCCGCUGCAGCAACAAACCAACUGGCCUCCUCACGGCUCUAUAGGGUGCCGUUUGCUCCGUUGACCAGCGGACUCACAAACGAAAAGGUUUUGCUGCGGUGGAGUGUCGCGAUGUCGCGCAAGGACGCCGAACGCAAGCUGACGGAAGAUGACUGUCUCACCUCCUCGCAGCAGUACGAUCCCCAACUCAUCUUUUACGUGCCCUUACGGCGCAAAGGGUAUCAGGCGAUCGACGCCAGCGCCUUUGUCCGCUGCGGCGGGUUGCGCGUCGUAGACAUAUCGGGAAACAGGCUCAGCACGUUGUCAGGGCUGGAAAGUGUCGCACCACAGCUCACGUUCCUCAACGCAGCCGAGAACAGCCUUCACGACAUUGGCGCGCUCGUUACAUGCGCGGCGCUGGAGCGAUGCAUGCUGGAGGGCAACAAGCUUGCCUCGGUCGACUCCCUUCAACCACUUGUGUCCCUCCCCUGCCUCGCUGAACUGGUCUUGCAGCGACACGUGCCUUUGGACGACGCUGCCAUAGGCUCGGGGAGUCCUGAGCAGAGCUCUGACAAGCUCCUACUGCUGGACAACCCGGUUUGCCGCGACGCUGUGGCGUAUAGAGAGCACUUCCUCGCUAAGAUGUCCCAUGUGCGUUGGGUAGACGGUGUGUCGACCUAUCUGCGUGCGAGCUCCCUCGCUGAGAGCACCACCACAGAGUCGCACGACGCCAAAGAAAACUCCACCAAGGCAAUCGUGGACGCCGCCAUUCGAUCUUUUCAGUCUAUCCGCGUGCAGAUGACAGCCACUGUGAGUGAGGAAACGACGCUGCGACACCAACUUGAGCGCGCUGCAGAUCGAUGUAAACCAAGUACGGUGACCGUCGCAGCACGCACGCCAUAG